CAUACACAGUUACCUGGUCCUUUAAUGUAAAUUAUUUGAAUAAACAAUGCUGAGUCUAAUUGUUGUAGAAAUAACUUUCCGUGUGUGUUACUUCUGCUGUAUUGAUAUCUUCAAUUUCCUCCACUCUCUUUCUCUCACCCAUGCUGUGGUCCGUGUUAAUCAAUGUUGAACUGUUCUCUUUUCCACAUGACCCGUGAUGCGUGGCCCUUUUAAGCCCUCGGGGGAGAGAUCGAGCCGACAUUCAGAAGACGUCCACACACUUGACCACAUACUGGACACGGGCCUGAUCUACCUGCCUUCAGUAUGGACCUGAGAUUCCUGUUUGUAGCUACAGCUCUGCUCCUGGGGGCCACACUCACCAUCUCAGUGGCAGAGCGCACCGCACAGUGCAAAGUCAAAUGGUUGUUUGGCAUCUCGUGCCAAGAUGUUCAAGAGAAGCUGGUGAGCCAGAUUAAGGCCUGGCAGAUCCAGGAAAGCUGUCUAUAUAGAGGGGAGAGGUGCUCGUAUGAGCUUGUGUCGACAGCUCCGUACCUGAUCGUAGCCACGCACACGUCUCCAGCAACCAAAAAAGUGAACAACCUUCAGUUUCUUCUAGAGCAGUCCACCGUUUGCAAAGUGACUGGCGAGGCAGUGUCUGAGUUCUUCAAAGAUACAGCUGAUAACAACACAAACUACUGCAGCCUCCAGAACCUGAUGGACGGAAGUGACCUGAUCAAUGCUGAAGGAUACAAACAGUUCAGCAACAAAUGGAUCUGUUCGGGGUUCGAUACUGCCAACUGCACCUUAUCUUAGGUGGAGAGUAGAUCUCCCUCGCUCCAAAUUUCACUUCAUAUGUGGAAUGAAGACUUCAGAGAAAACAAGUGCUUUACAGUGUAUUUUUCCUUCUGUUUUAUUCCCUAUGUGCAUCAUUAAUAUUUGAGUUAAUAGUUUAAAAAAAUGCUUAGCAACAGCAGUUUCAAAUGAUUCAUGUUUUCGCUGAAACCAGUUUUUUUUUUUACAUAAAUGUAAUGAUAUGAAUGCAUUUCGCGAAUUACUUAACAGCUGACGCAGACUUCCCCUGAACAGUAAUUAAAUAUUGUAUUGUCGUGUUUUUACAAUAAAUGAAUAACAGAAAAUACA